GUUGGCACUGUUAGUUGGCCAACCUGAAUCGCCAUUUCAUAUCAAAAAGGUUUACGUCGUUUUGUUAUGGAUGGUUGUGUUAGAUGUUGAUCUUUAAUAAUGGAUAUAUUCCAUUCAAGUUUCGAUUUUACACUUCACGAUUUCUUUCUGGAAAUGAUGUAAAAUGAAAUUGUCGCCAUGUUGAAUAGUGCUACAGUUAAGAGAAAACGAAGAGCUGCACUCCAAACGAUGGAAAUUAGUGAAAAGAUUUUGUUGAUUGCUUCAGAAUUUAUAAAAGGUCGCUUAUUUUUUGUAUCGAUAAAUACUCCUGUUGAACCGAAGCCCACUCAAACAGUUCAUUACUUUACCAUAGACUAUGAAUUGGAAUAUGAUGGGUUUUUCUUUGAUUUUGGGCCACUGAAUUUAUCUAUGCUUUACCACUACUGUGCAAAAUUGAGCAGAAAACUCAGCCAUCCCUCAUUGCAAAAUAAAAAAAUUGUGCACUAUACUUAUGGUCCAGAUGAACAACAAAGAGUCAACGCGGCAUUUCUGAUUGGAUCAUACUCGAUAAUAUAUUUGAAUUAUGAGCCAGAACAGGCUUUCAAGGUGUUGAAUCAUGAUCCAACAGAAGAGUACCUGAAGUUCAGAGAUGCUUCAGUAGGCGAGCCAUAUACAUUGAGCCUUCUAGAAUGUUUGCAAGCUGUCAAGAAAGCUUGGCAGUAUGGAUUUUUCAAUUUUGAUAGUUUCGACUUUUUAGAAUAUGAACAUUAUGAACGUGUAGAAAACGGCGAUUUCAACUGGAUCCUUCCGGAAAAAUUCAUCGCAUUCUGCGGCCCGCAGGAUAAAAGUACAAAAUCUAGUUUGGGUUUUCAUAGUCACUCACCAGAGAAUUUUUUUGCCUAUUUUCGUAGGCAUAAUGUCUCUACGAUAGUUCGUUUGAAUAAAAAGGCCUAUGACUCUAAUAGAUUCGUACAAGCAGGAUUCGAUCAUAAAGAUCUUUAUUUUGUCGACGGAGGAACACCUAGUGAUAGAAUUCUGCAACUUUUUAUAAACAUAUGUGAAAAUGCGAAGGGAGCAAUAGCUGUUCAUUGUAAAGCUGGCCUUGGAAGAACAGGUUCUUUGAUAGCUUGUUAUAUAAUGAAACACUAUAAGUUCACCGCCGAAGAAGCCAUUGCUUGGAUAAGGAUAUGCCGUCCAGGUUCUAUUAUUGGACAUCAACAACGAUGGCUUCAAGAAAAACAAAAACAAAUGUGGGAUGAAGGUGAAGUAUACCGAAAAAAACACGGUAUUCAAGAAAUUCCUAAACAUGUAACCGGAAUAUACCAUAUGUCCGAGUCGAAACGGAAUAAAAGGAGUCAGGAUAAUGUGACGGGAAUUGUUAAAAAGGUAGAUUGCAUGGAAAUCAAUGAUCCUGAAGAAUUCGAGCAGAAUAAAAUCACCCAGGGAGACAAAUUGAAUCAGAUAAAGUCACAACGAGCUCGGGCAAAGCCUUUUGGAGCAACUCAAGCUGACCGACUUAGGAGAAUACAUGUAACCGCUACUUCUACAACACAGACUGUUUUAAGAGGAGGAAAAAUACUCUGUACUGCCCCUACGAGGACUCAGACUUCUUCCAGUAAUCGUGUAGUUUCCAAAAGAAUCGAACUGCCGCAACCUGUUAAGCGUGUCACCACGAGAAGACUAGUUGCCCCCAUUACCGGAAUAGGCAGCGAAAAAGUUCAGCUAAACGAGAAGAGUUCAAUUAUAAAGAAGUCCCCCUUGACCCGAGCGCAGAACGGCGAAGCUUUGAAAGCGACAGCAGUCGAGGAGACGCAGAUCAAAAGGAAUAAGAGAACUCUCGCUUCUGAGAAGGAUAAAACUAGUCCUAGGUCAGUGAAAGUAUUGAGGAGGUCGCAUAUCCUUUCUCUCAAUUAUAAAGAUUGUGACAAAUCCGAUCGAAAACUUCGGUUACCCUCUGUCACAUUGAAUAAAACUGUGUAAGGUGUUUU